AUGAAUUUUUACAGCUCAGAAAUACACUUCAACUCGGGCCCGCAAUUAAUAAGCAUUAAAAAGUGGCUUUCAAAUACACCUGUUUCAGCCAGAACCACGGGUUGCUAUUGGUCGUUUAAGGCGCCGUCUAAAGUCUAUUUAUAAUUGAAAGUUGUGGAAGGCCUGGCAAAAGGAACAUACUAGCGUUUGACGGACCAAGUGUACUGAGCUAUCAAACAGUGUUACCAUGGGCAAGURGUGAUUAGUGUUGUAUAUCCACUAAAGACAGUUCUCUUCAAGAAUCAAUUUUGUUGUGACCAUCAUCAAACCAUGAAUUUAUCAAGCGUUGUCUUUGAAAUCUCGUUCCUUCUGAUGCUGUACAAGUCGAAUGCACAAUGUCCUGUCAGAUUUCGACCUCCAGAGGGAAAGUGUCUAAUAGGAUGUCUUUUUGAUUCGGAUUGCGAACCAAGAGAAAUUUGCUGUACGUCAGGGUGUUACAAUUCCUGUGUGAAACUUACCAAAUGUCAAUUGGAAAGACGACGCAUCCAAAGGCGAGCAGGAAUUGCUUCAUACACACCCGAAUGUGACGAAAAAGGGAAUUUUAAUCAAAUUCAGUGCAAAUUAAAUAAACCUAAAGUUACUAUUUGCUGGCGAGUCAACAAACACGGCCACAAGGUUCCCAACAGUGAAAUAUCGGUGAAAAUGGGUAUUACAAACACUGAAAUUUACCCACCAGGCGCAGGAGUUCAUUACGGCAAAAACCAAAUGGUGACAUCACCUUCCUCUGUGUCAGUAAAAUCCACCAAAUGCAUAAAACGACGACACCGUCGACUAAAAAUAAGGAAAUCAAAUCCAAAGGUUUUUGUGCCAAAGUGCAAACAAAAUGGAAAAUUCAAACGAACACAGUGUAAUSCUUCAGCUGGGAAAUGCUGGUGCGUCAAUCCAACUACAGGCAAAAAACUCAAAGAAACUGAAGUAAGGAAUGGAAGAAAACCAAACUGCAGACAAGGUCACCACAACGGUUGUGGUCGGAAAACUAACCGCAAUCGUCGCAUUGUCGGGGGUACUGUGAGUGAAAAGGGAGAAUGGCCGUGGCAAGCUGCCCUCUUCUUCAAAGGAUCUCAACAUAAGUGUGGUGGUGCUCUUAUCAAACCUUCUUGGGUCAUCACAGCUGCUCAUUGUUUCAAAAAACUGAAUGGAUUGCAUAAUGAAUCCAAAAGAAAGAGUGGUAACGUGACCUCCACAAACCGAGAUGAUUGGCAGGUCAGGCUUGGCGAGCAUUCCUUUCUUAGACAUGAAAGCUCAGAAAUGAACAUUCAAGUGCUUGAGAUAGUUGUUCAUCCAAAAUAUACACCUGCCAACAUAACGCACCCUGGAGAUUAUGACAUCGCGCUGGUACGUUUAAACGGGUCUGUUCGAUUACGMAAACCAAUCAACACCAUAUGUUUACCUAAUAGCUUGCAGUAUUUCAAGUCAGGUCAGCGGUGUGUUAUAGCAGGAUGGGGAAAGACUUCAUGGAACGGUCAAACAUCACCAGUGCUCCGUGAAGCAUGGAUUGACUUAGUGUCGAGACGAGCAUGCAACGCAAAAGAGUCUUAUGAUGGUAAGAUCAGUAAAAGAUUUCUGUGUGCUGGUUUUAAAGAGGGUGGYACAGACGCAUGUGCAUUCGAUAGCGGCGGACCGCUGAUGUGUCCCUUAGACGAUGGACGUUGGGUUCUCGCAGGGAUUAUCAGCUGGGGGGAAAAAUGUGCUCUUCCACUCAAGUAUGGGGUAUAUGCUAAUGUCCACGAAUUUAUGCCGUGGAUAUCAAGAAAGAUUGGAUUAGACAGAUAAUAGAGCUGGAUCAGUGAGAGUUAAAUUAUUGGAAAGUAUUAUUAACCAGCAUGCCAACUUGACAUGCCAGAGUUUAUUGUUCGAUGCCUCUAUACGGGCUCUAUUAAGGACAACCGAGUCAAUAAGCAAUUUCAAGACCAGGAAGCUUGUACAUAAUAUAUAUGAAUGAUCAUUUAGCUUCAAACUAGAGCUCCGUACAGGUGUGAAAAGGUGUCCUGAUUAUCCCUAAUAUUUAUACUUGUGAAUUAUCUUAGGGAAGUCCAUAGAUCAAUUAGAUAUUCAUCGACCAUAAUUUAUGCAUACGUUACCAUUCGAGCGAAUUAUUGCUAAACUGCAUGUUUUAUGUUUACCUCGCAACCGCCCUCUCGAUUGUACCCGCUAUUGCUAAUCUGCCAGCUGCUCAAAAAUCUAUAGUAGUGUCGAAAUGAUGAUAAUUUGCUUAAUACUUAUCUGUCAUUGAAAGAAACUUCUCAAUCUCUAAUUAACAAUGUGUUUCGAUAGACAAACAUCAUCGACAUUUGAUAAUUGCUCCUGAUUGGCUUACCCAUUGAACAAACCAAGCCAGUAAUUUAUAUAUCGCAAUCUUUUUUCGACGAGGAAAUUUGUUAUGCAGCAUUGCAUUUUAAAUCGCCUACCAAAUUAGCUAAUGCAAACAUUGGUUAAAAAAUGMCAUUGAGAUGUACUAUUAUGUGAUCCAUAGUCUAAGCGCACCCCCUCAAGACACCAUUAUUCAAUUCAUUAUUCGAUUCUUGGUCGAUUUAACAUUACAUUAUUGAAAUCAAAUUUGAAUUCAAACUUCGAAAUUUGAUUGGAUUUUGAUCGGAUUUUAAUAAAGCCUUCUUCGUAUUUCGCUUUUAAACAUGCUGGUUUUUUGUAAUUUCCACAAGUCGAUGAAAUGCAAUGUGCUGUUUGUUAAUUUGGUUGGAUCUGUUCCUUCUCGUGCGAAAGGAAUGACGGUCUCAAAAAACUGGAAAUGCUGUGUUUUCAGAGUUUUGAAGAUUUGAAUUGAAUUUUGCAUUAAUCAACUGAAGUUUGAAAACGAAAAAUAAMAUGAAAAAUCCAAUAAUGYAUUGAAUAACMAACUAUUCGGGGGGCGCGCUUCAUGUCUUUUGAUUGUAAAAGCUUAACUAGAUCAAGCUUUAAAGCAUUUCUAUAUCAAAUGGUGUGGACGCUUGUAUAGAAUUUUGAAAGUGACUCCUAUCGACUCCUAUUCCCAAAGGAUUCCAGUGGUGGAUCCAGGGUGGUUCCAUGGGAUCCCAGGACCCCCCCUCGAGCAUAAAAAAUAAAAAAAGUAGCUGGCUUAUAUCUUACAAUAGGUAAACGGCUUUAUACACUUUUAYMACAUGGCUGCAAUGUGCCCAUACAGAACUGUAAAGCGUUUUGAGACUUUAAGAGAUGCGCUGUCUAUAAGUACACUCAUGUUACAUUUGCUACAAAAAGUUCGUUUUAGGAAAAUGCGAAAACAAAGUGAACCCCCCUUUGAAAAAUCCUGGAUCCGCCACUGGAUUCCAAGAUGAAUGUGUCACUAAACAAUUUUUGCCCUUCAAAAACACUAACUCGGCAAUAUGAUUCUUGUCAGUAACAACUUUUACUCCCAGCUUUUGCAUGGUCUAAAAGGUACCAGCUAAAACUAUGGUACCGGUAAUCUUCAACUGACACUCUUAAACAGAUCGCUGUCGAAUGGCAGGACAUCUCCACAAUAAUAUGUAUGUAUGUCCUGGCUGGUUUAAAGCCGUCGACCYGUUUCAUUUUAUGUUGCCAAGCAAACUCAGUUCAUUAUGUUAAGCUAAAGUGCCAUUUAAUAAAAUAUUUCWAAGGCAUGCGCAAAACAAAGUUUGAACAAACUUAAAUUAUAUGGGCAAAUUGUACAGACCGAAAGUUAUWUCAAGAAAAUAGGAGAUUAUAAAUAUAAAGCGAGUAUUGGUUUA